GAGAAUCAACGCGCGUCAGAAGGCGACUGCAAACACACGCAGCCUCUUCUAAGCAUCUCCUGUCUCUCUCAUCGUGGACGAAACCCACCAGUAAACCCUCUCAUACUUGGAUCUAUCUCUCUAAACCGUAUAUUUUCACCUGAUGUGAGAGAGUGUUUUGCAGGGAGCAGCGAUGUGCGCGUUUGGAGUGAUCUUGAGGAGUUUACACUGUGUGGGACUCUACAUCCAACUUAGUGCCAGUAUCAGGCAAGCUGGAAGUGACGAGGUGGAGAACCACAUAUCCAGCAACGCUCUCUUCACAGAGGUCCCUCAUGACAUCACGGCACAGAGCGGACAGGAUGUGGAGAUGGCGUGCUCAUUCCGGGGGGCGGGGUCACCGUCUUACUCGCUGGAGAUACAGUGGUGGUACAUAAGGAACCACAGAGAAUGGAUGGACAAGCAGACAUGGACCACCAAUCAGGUGGUGCCCCAAAAUGAGAUGUUGAAGGACGCCACCAAAAUCAGUGUGGUGAAGGUUGCCGGUAGCAACAUCUCCCACAAGCUGCGUCUAUCCAGUGUGAAGCCAACGGACGAGGGCACGUACGAAUGCCGCGUCAUCGAUUUCAGCGACAGUAAACUGCGCCACCAUCGCGUGCGGGCAUACCUGCAGGUGGAGCAGGGCGAGGGGAACGCGGCUCCUCCGCCCCAGCAGGGGGCAACAUCACAAGAGGAACUUCUGCCGUCCGAGCACCACAAGCACCAGCCAGUGCACCACGCCCACCACAAACCCGGCCGAGAGCUCAGGAAGAGGUCCGCUGAUGAUAGUACCACUGACUGCACAGAGAGCUGUGCACUUUAAGUUCCUCAGUUUAACCCUCAAUUCCUCACGCCAAGAGCCCUAAAUCUUAAAGAAAUAGUUCACACAAUAAUUAAAACUCUGCUGUCGUUUACUCACCCUCAUGCUGUUCCAAACCAGUAUGACUUUCUUCCAUGGAACACAAAAGGAGACAUUUUGAAGAAUGCUCACACUGCUCUUUUCCAAAGAUAUCGUAUAGCUUCAGAAGACUAGGAAUAUAGCACACAAGACGUAUGGACAACUUUUGUAAUAUUUUAAUAGUUCUUUUUUAGUGCUUUUUUGUCCCUUAUGGAGCUCAAAAAAAACAUUUUCUGACGGAGUAUAUUUUGUCUCAUUUUCCAGUAAAAAAAAAAAAAAAAAAAAAUGGAAUUU